ACUCAGCCCAGUAAUGUUGACAAUAGGGUGAAGGGAGAGUGCCCUAAAUUAAACGAAAAUAACCAGAAAACACGGGGUUUCAUCACUAAUCAGGAAAUGUGUUUAUUCUAGCUACAUCUUUUUAUGCAUCCAUGUUUCAACAUUGAUGUUAUACCGAGGAUUAUUUCACUAGAAGGCAUUAACUAGGUUAGCUGGUUGUGGGAUUGGUAGUUUAAGGCCAAGAUUGCGUUUUCAUUUGGUUGUGCCGCUGUUUCCAAAGGCCGCUUAAACGGCAUUUUUGUGUUAACAAAAGUGUUGAUAAAGGAUCACUUCUCAUCACCGUCUUCGUUCCAAGAAACACAGUGGAUUAAGGGCUAUGUCCUCAGCAGCUACCACGCCUCCGGCAGUUGACAGAGUGGACGGGUUCUCCCGAAAAUCUGUCAGGAAGGCCAAACAGAAACGCUCACAGAGUUCCUCCCAGUUCCGCUCACAGGGCAAACCUAUUGAGCUCACCCCGCUCCCUCUCCUGAAAGACGUACCCGCUCCGGAGCAGCCGGACUUGUUCCUAAAGAAGCUGCAACAGUGUUGCACACUGUUUGACUUCAUGGACACACUGUCUGACCUCAAGAUGAAGGAGUACAAGCGCUCCACCCUCAAUGAGCUGGUGGACUACGUCACGGUGAGCCGAGGCUACCUCACGGAACAGGCCUACCCCGAGGUGGUCAAGAUGGUGUCCUACAACAUAUUCCGGACACUUCCACCCAGCGACAGUAACGAGUUCGACCCAGAGGAGGACGAACCCACACUAGAGGCUUCGUGGCCUCACUUACAGCUGGUAUAUGAGUUCUUCAUUCGUUUUUUGGAGAGUCAGGAGUUCCAGCCCAGCAUUGCCAAAAAGUACAUUGACCAGAAAUUCGUCCUGCAGCUGCUGGAACUGUUCGACAGCGAGGACCCGAGGGAGAGGGACUACCUAAAGACCGUCUUGCACAGAAUCUACGGAAAAUUCCUGGGGCUGAGGGCUUUUAUACGAAAACAGAUAAAUAAUAUUUUUCUACGUUUUGUCUAUGAAACUGAACAUUUCAACGGAGUAGCCGAGUUGUUGGAGAUUUUGGGAAGCAUUAUCAACGGCUUUGCUUUACCUCUGAAAGCGGAACACAAACAGUUCCUGGUGAAAGUCUUGAUUCCUCUCCACACAGUGAGGAGUCUCUCCCUCUUCCAUGCCCAGCUGGCGUAUUGUAUUGUACAGUUCCUAGAGAAAGACCCAACGUUAACAGAACCAGUCAUUAGAGGCCUUCUUAAGUUUUGGCCAAAGACGUGCAGUCAGAAGGAGGUAAUGUUCCUGGGGGAGCUGGAGGAGAUCUUGGAUGUGAUCGAGCCCACACAGUUCGUGAAGAUCCAGGAGCCGCUCUUCAAGCAGAUCUCCAAAUGCGUCUCCAGCCCACACUUCCAGGUGGCUGAGAGAGCACUGUACUACUGGAAUAACGAGUACAUAAUGAGUCUUAUCGAGGAGAACUCCAGCGUCAUUCUGCCCAUCAUGUUCGCCAGCCUGUACCGGAUCUCCAAAGAGCACUGGAACCCGGCAAUAGUAGCUUUAGUAUACAAUGUUCUCAAAGCCUUCAUGGAAAUGAACAGCUCUUUGUUUGACGAACUCACUGCCACCUACAAGUCAGAUCGCCAGAGAGAGAAGAAGAAGGAAAAGGAGCGCGAGGACCUGUGGAAGAAGCUGGAGGAUCUGGAGCUUAAGAGAGGUCUGCCCAGUGCCGCCAUCAUCCCCACCUAACCACGCGCCACCUCUCCCGGAACGUUUUUCCAACGCCUCCACAACACUCCCGGAACGCUGGCCAGCACCUGCACAGUCGUCUGAUUUCGUUUGUUUUUCUUUUCUUUUUUUUCAUUCUCUGUUGUGCACAUUACUUUACGAUCGAUACUCCUUGCCGUUUCCAACGUUUCUGCAGCACUGUAAAUAACUUCCCUUGUCAUUAUUUUUUUUCCUUUUGAAAAUAUUACACUGAACAAGAAACUAAAACAAUUUUAAAAAGGACUUUAAAAAAAAAAAAAGCGAGGGGAAAGAGGGGUAAACCGCGUGAGAGCCCCUCACCGCGAUGGGUUUAUAAGGACUAGAACAGACAGUCGGACUGGAAACGAACCUGUACCACUUGUGUGGAGACAGAAGAAUCACAGCAUCUGGUUGGACCACCAUCAUUAUUCGACCCUUCGAGGAAAGGCUCAUUCCUGCUAGCCUGACACCAAACCCCCCCCCCCCCCCCCCCAACACACACACACACUUUUGAACUCUCUCUCUGUCCUGCCCCCCUGUAUCUCGGUGUUGACUAAUGCCUGGCAGCCACAGGAGCAGCCUUGCCAGGAAGGGGGGGCCCCUCUUCCUCCUAUAAACCUCGUUCUCUCAGUCUGCCCUGGGAUACACCAAUAAAACCUGGACAAUUAUAAAGUCCAGCCUCAGACUUUCUCUCAAAGCUACACAGUAACCAAUUAAACACCGUGAGGUGUUUUUAAUCUGUCUGGGCUCCUCUGCUCUCUUGCUGAUGCCCCACGUGUUUGUCUCUGUUUGGAUUUCUGGGUCUUUUCUCUUACACACCAGUCUGGCACUGGGAACAGCAAACUGGCAACCAGUAAAACACCCCACCCCCCCCAGCACACACACCUACCAAACACCACCACUGUGAGACAGGAAAGAUCAAGCCCCAGACCAGUGGCUUGCGUUUUUAAUU